UUCACUUAUUACAUAUAACGAUACUCACAACUAUCACCGUUAGUUUGUAUUGUUCCUUAAAGAAGAGAUUUUUGGACCAGAAAUGGGGACAAUAUACUUAAGAAUAUUCUGCGGUGUUCUGCUGUUUAAUCUGGUUGAUCUACUUACUAUAGAAAAUAUCGAAAAAUGUACAAUCAAUUCUGGGCGAAUAAACCUUACAAAAGUAGCGCCAAUAGGAUAUAAAAUAAAACUUUAUCCAUCAUUUACAUUUGAAAUGAUAUCGGUCAUAACUGAUAUUAAAAUACAAGUUGAAAUACCAACAGCAGAUAUAAGUUUUCAUAUACGCAAUCCGGAUUUGAAAAAUGCUUUGUGCAUAAUAUAUUUUGUGUAUAAAGAGUCUGAUGUACUAUGGAAGUGUAAUGAUGAGAAGAAUGAAGUUUAUAGACCAAACAAACUAAGAUAUUGUGCUAAACAUGAAGUUUUGACCCUGAGCUUUUCCGAUUUAAUACCCGAAGGAGAACAUGUUUUACACAUAGAAAACAAUUUCCAUUGGAAAAAAAGCCACAUUGUGUAUCCAAAAGAUUUGACUAAAGAUCUAAACUGGAUCAUCAUAAACUUAUACAAUUCAUACGGGAUACGAGAAUUGUUUCCAUGCUGGGACCAAACGGAACUAGUAUCAUCUUUCUCCAUUACAGUCCAACAUAAUAAAUUAUAUACGAUUUUAUCAAAUAAUAACAAAGUCGAUGUUCUACAUUACGGAAAAACGGACAAGGGAUUGCAGACUACAAUUUUCGAUCAAAUUCCCUAUCUAUCUCCUUUUUCUAUAGCGUUUGUGAUAGCACACGAUCUAAAAAAAUAUGACAGUUUCAAGUAUCAUCGAUUGUGGCGCCGUUCAAAGAUAAUGGAAUUAUCUGAAUACGCAAGCUCAGUAAUAGAAUUUACAGCGUUAUAUUUUUAUACACACAUGAAUAUUACUGAUAAAAUCCUACAGAAACACUUGCCAAAAAUUGAUCAUGUUUUAAUCCCAGAUAGUCCAAUUAAGUCCAUGGGAAAAUAUGGACUUAUUGUUUACAGAGAAAAAGAUGUUACGUACAAUAAAACUUCAGAUUUUCCAAGCAAACGUGUGGAAAUUGCAAAACUAAUAACGUACGAAAUAGCACGUCAAAUGUUCAGCAAUCUUCCAAAGCAAUAUCCAAAGGAAAUUUGGUGGAUGAAUGAGAUAAUUGCGUCGUUCUUCAACUAUUACAUUUUAACGGAGUUUACGGUGUGGGAAAAGAAGGCAAUGGAACUGUUUGUAGUUCAAAAUCUACAGACUGCUCUGGAUAGUGACAUUUAUUUAGAGCGUGAACCGAUUAUACAUAAAGUUAAGGACGAUAAUGGAAUUGAUGGAUUACUUUAUCCUCUUUUAUAUCAUAAAAAAGCAUUUGCUUUAAUUCGCAUGAUGCUCCAUCUUGUCGGUCCGUUAAAGUUUCAUGCAAUGAUCAAGGAAUAUCUUAUGAAUGUUAUAUAUGUCGACUGGAGCUUCUUUGAAUUUUUGGGAAAAUUCCAUGAAACAUAUUAUGGUGGUUAUACAAUAAAAGAAAUAAUGGACUCAUGGCUAAUGGAAAGACACCAUCCUGAAAUACAUUUUUCUCGUGAUUAUAAAAACGAAGUAGUGAAAUACAGUGCGUCAUACUUUAAUGAGAAUUCCAAAUAUAAGAUACCUAUAACUUAUUCAAUUAUGUCAAAUUUCGAUUCCUUCAAUACUGGAAUGAUUAUUUGGUACAACGGAACUAAGACGCAAUUAAUUACUAACGUCUCUUCAAAUUAUAUUUUCAUAGCUAAUAUAGAACAAAUUGGUUACUAUCGUGUUAAUUACGAUAAAAUAAAUUGGCUAUUACUUUCUGAUUAUCUCCAAAGAGACGGUAGUACACAGAUACAUGUCCUCAAUCGUGCACAGAUUAUCAAUGAUGCAUUCUACUUUACAACAAUAGGCAAAUUAAACAUUGAUAUCUUCUUCAUUAUCAUUCGAUUUCUAAAAUAUCAGUUAGAUUAUAUAGUAUGGUAUCCCAUGUUUAAUAUUUUGUCGUAUAUGUCAACUUACUUGGAAUGUCCAAAAAAUGCAAUGGUGAAGAUAGUUUUUUUAGAUAUCUUCGAUGGACUUCUAAAAAAUAUAAUAAACCAAGAAAAAGACAAUAAAGACAAAAUAAAUCCGGCAUUAGUAUUAUUAGGACAAAAGUGGGCAUGCAAGCUGGGUCACGAGGAAUGUAGAAACGUCAUUAGGGACAAAUUCCAAUCGCAUUUGUUCAAUAAUACUGAAUAUGACGCAAUUCCUCAGUGGAAAGAAUGGAUGUUUUGUACGGGGAUAAUGACUUUAAAUAUAACUUUGUGGCAAAAUAUUUUGCACCUUGCUAUCGAACAGAAAAAUAUGAUGUUUUUUGAAUACUUGUCUUGUUCAGAUAAUGAAGAUAUCAUUAUAUAUUAUUUGAAUUUGAUAUUGAAUACGAAUCUUGGGACGGAGGCAGGAUUAAACAUGGGAAAAAUAUAUCGAUCUAUAGUGAAGAAACAUGUCAGGAAAAAUGCCGUGCUGAAAUAUGUGUUACUCAAUUACAAGAAAGCACUAACUAGAUUUCCAGCUGAACUUGAUAAUAAUAUUCUAUUGAGUGAUAUCCUUAUGAAUGUGUAUUGCGAAGAACAAUUCCAUAAGAUCGAGGGAAUAAUAAUUCAUUUUGUAAAAGACAUUUAUAUUGAUCGGUCUAUAUUCAACAUAUGGAGUGAAGAACGACAAAAUCAAAUAAGUAAAGUGCAAAAGAAGUUUAAACAUUUUUAAAACAAUGAAAAAGAAACUAGUAUUGUUAUCUGUCAAAUUGAUGAGCAAAUUAAUAUAUAGUACAA